AAUUUGAACUUAAAGCUGCAACUAAAUAAUAAUAAAAAAAAAUUUAUUCAUCUUUUUUGUAAAAAGAACAUUUUUUAAAUAAUGAGUCAAGACGCUACCAACUCUUUCUCAAAGUUGAAUUUGAACCCUGGUGCUUCCGAAUGGAAACCCAGUUUCACCGCAAAGGCCUUUGUUCCUAGCUUUGGUGCUCCCGCCGCUGCCGCUCCUGCUGCUGCUCCUGUUGCAGCACCCGUUGCCGCUCCUGCUCCUGCACCCGUUGCCGCUCCUGCUCCCGUUGCUCCUAAGGUUGUCAAGGCUGAAGCUCCCAAGCCUGCCGCUCCCAAGGUUGCUGAGACAAAGAAGGCUGCUGCUCCUGCCAAGGCCAAGUCUGCCGCACCCAAGGCCGCCGCUGCCGCUGCCGCCGCCGCUGCUGCUGCUGCUCCCAUCCCCGAUGUUGAAGAUGUCGAUGAUGAAGUUGUUGCUGAUUUAUACGGCAAGGAACACAUUAACGUUGUCUUCAUGGGUCAUGUCGAUGCCGGUAAAUCCACCAUGGGCGGUAACAUCCUCUAUUUGACCGGUAUGGUCGAUAAGCGUACUUUAGAAAAGUAUGAAAAGGAAGCCAAGGAUGCCGGUAGAGAAUCAUGGUAUCUUUCUUGGGCUUUAGAUACCAACACCGAAGAAAGAGCCAAGGGUAAGACCGUCGAGACCGGUAGAGCUUACUUUGAGACCGAUAAACGUCGUUAUACUAUCUUGGAUGCUCCUGGCCAUAAGAACUUUGUGCCCAGUAUGAUUCAAGGUGCUUCUCAAGCCGAUAUUGGUGUCCUUGUCAUUUCUGCUCGUAAGGGUGAGUUUGAAACUGGUUUUGAUCGUGGAGGACAAACACGUGAGCACGCUAUGUUGGCCAAGACCUCUGGUAUCAACAAGAUGGUCAUUGCUAUUAACAAGAUGGAUGAUCCUACCGUCAACUGGGACAAGGCUAGAUACGAUGAAAUCAUUGCUAAACUCACUCCCUUCUUGAAGCAAUCUGGUUAUAACCCCAAGACCGAUGUUCACUUUAUGCCCAUUUCCGGUUUCUCUGGUGCCAACAUCAAGGAUUGUGAUAGAAAGGUCUGUCCUUACUACACUGGUCCUUCUCUCUUGGAAUUUUUGGAUAACUAUAAGCCUAACGACAGAAAGCUCAAUGCUCCUCUCAUGAUCCCUCUCUCUGAAAAGUACAAGGAUAUGGGUACCAUUGUUGUUGGUAAGAUUGAAGCUGGUCACAUCAAGAAGGGUCAAGCUGUUAUGUUGAUGCCCAACAAGCAAGCUACUGAAGUCACAGCUAUUUACAACGAAACAGGUGAGGAGAUUGAACAAGCCAUGUGUGGUGACAACAUUCGUAUGCGUAUUAAGGGUGUUGAGGAAGAAGAAGUGAUGCCUGGUUUCGUCUUGUGUAGUAAGAAGAACCCUGUGCGUACCACCACUUGUUUCGAGGCUCAAUUAGCCAUUCUUGACCACAAGAAUAUUAUUUGUGCUGGUUACACUGCUGUUUUACAUCUUCACGCUGCUGCUGAAGAAAUCUCCAUCUCUGCUCUUUUACAUUUGAUUGACAAAAAGACCGGUAAGAAGACCAGAAAGCCUCCUCAAUUUGUCAAGCAAGGUCAAAAGGUUAUUGCUAGAAUUGAAACUUCUGGUCCCAUCUGUAUCGAAACUUUUGAUAAGUUGCCUCAAUUAGGUCGUUUCACUUUGCGUGAUGAAGGAAAGACGGUUGCUAUUGGUAAAGUAACCAAGGUUUUAGAAAACUCUGAUUAAAUUUUUUUUUUUUUUUGUAAUACACACCCCCCAAUACAUCCUAUCCCUCCCCCCAUAUGCUUACACAUCUACACUUUUGAAUUUUCCGAUUCGCUGUAAAAUUAAACUAGUUUAAACCCAAAAAGGAGAACAAAGUCUAUAUGUAUCAAAAAUUGGGGUAGUAGGAGGUCCAAAAAAAAUAAAUUAUGAUUUGGGAAAUA